AUGUUUACGCAACUAUGGAUGAGUCCAAAAAUUGAGCAUCGAUUCAAAACCGAGGCAUGUAUAAGAGCGUUAAACAAUGCCUAUAAAUGGAUUUCUGUUGACAUUCUAGUUGGAUUCUGUAUAAUUAUAGAAUUUUAUAUUCAACCAUUUUUUCGACUGUUCUCUCUCCCGGUUGGUUGGUUGUAUAUAUACGAAAAGUUAGUAUUGUCAUGUUUCACUUUACUGGUUGCUUGCAUCUUAUAUCAUGUGUCCGUGAUAAUAAAUUUAGCUAUCACUCAAAAGGUGAAAAAUAGAAGUUAUGCACAAAAUGAGUCAGUCUCGAAGUCUCCGUCGUUGUCACCGUCGUCACCGCUGAAUAAAUCUCUCAUUGGUCCUUCUAUGUUUUGCUCACGCUUACUGAAAAGCCCUUCAGGUAUUGUUUCGUGUGGUGCUACUUUUACCACCUCAUCAUUUGAAGUCUCUGGUGGUGGUGGUUGUGGUGGAUCUCCUGCUAGAUCUUCCAUGGGUUAUAUGGAUGUUGGUGUUCCACAGCCUUUAGGAGAUACUCAGUCUAUUUGGAAGCCAUCAGGCGUUGCACCAGCGUCAUCUAGCCAUAAUCUCUCUCACAGUAGUUUGUCACAGCCACACUAUGGAUCCUUUCGUACACCAAGCAAUUCAAGUGGUCAUGAGAACCUUUCUCUUUUAGAUUUGGCACUUAGUCCUAUUGCCAAUUCUACAUACCAUUCAGUACUCCCAGCGUUGAGCAGUGAGGAUAUUCCAUCAUUCACACAUGGUUCAAGAGACUUACACCGUUCUGUUACUUGGUCUUCACCAUUUGUCACAUCGAAUGUAUCACCUCGAUACCAGUACGAAUCUGCUUAUAUUCAGCCAAAUAAUCUUUGUCAACAGUAUUUGAAUGAUUCACAAAAAUCAUUGUCUGGUCCUUCAUUUAUUCCCAACAGUACAACUCCUGAUUCUAGUAAAAGUGAUCGGGAAGUUAGCGAACACUUCGAGGAUGAGUAUUGGACUGAACAUCAAGUUACCCGUAAUGAUUUGGAUCGUUGGACAUUGAAUCUUCGAAAGUGGCUUCAUGGUACAAUUAUCCAACGUAUUGUUACUGAAAUUGAUGCCAUCAAUCGAAAUCUUGAACAAGCCUGCGGUGAAAAAUCUCUUAUUGGAUCUUCCAGUUUAACUACUCUUCAACAGUUAUGCUCUGUGAGAUAUCAAUAUCUAACGACAUUACCAGUGUUGCUGGCAUUUUUGGAUUUUAUGAAAGAUCAAGGAUAUCUAGUCAAUCGAUUACGUGAAUUGGCCAGAGAGAGUUGCCUGCAAGAAUUUCGUUGGGAUUCUGGUUCACGAAGUACUGGAUGGCCUUGGAAAGAGCAUCUACCAUCUGAUAGUAUUAUUUUACUGCAUUUAUUUGCCACCUAUAUGGAUACACGUAUGCCACCUCAUCCAAAGUGUUUAUCUGGUCGGGUAUUUAGUCAACUGAAUGUUGUUCGAAUUCCUGAUAAGCCUGAUAUCAAAAGCAAGCAUACUUGUCAAUUUUAUCAAGUCUCUAUUCAACCGCCUCAAUUCAAAUUAGUACUGAAUGGACGAAUUUAUACAUUUGCUACAGGUCAGAAAAAUCUCUAUCAUGCUAUUCUGCUAUUUUUUCAUCAUUAUUUAACAACGGAAGCAAAGUUUAGGUCAAUUGCAUUAGGUCCGUCUGGCUUAAAUGUUGCAUGGAUAUUUUCAAAGUCUUGA